CACUUUUUCUUUCUUUCCUAACCCCUUCUUUCCCUGCAGCCACUUUCUUCUUCUUCUUCCUCUUCCAGCUCCUUCCCAGAAUUCUCUCAUCAAUGGGGAGGAAACCUUUAUAAAUCAACAGCUCUGAGGCAGCUCAAUACAGAGCCAAGCAGGAGCUGCAGAUGUUCUUUGAGCUGAAAAGUUAGGUUCCAGAGCAAGAACACAACAUCUGCAGACAUGGGUAACUGCUUUGGUUCUCCAGCUCAGGAUUCUCCAUCCACAGCAGGCACAUCAAACUACCAUAGCAAUACCACGGGAUUCUCGACCACGAGCAGCAACGCGAGGUUCUUUGAGGCAGUGGGGGUAGAGGAUGUCGAGCCCGAUGGACAGAUCUUGGAGACACCGAAUUUGAAGGUUUUCACAUUUUCUGAUUUAAAAAGUGCCACUAGGAACUUCAAAUCAGAUAAUCUUCUGGGCGAGGGCGGUUUCGGGAAAGUCUACAAGGGGUGGGUCGAUGAAAAAACCUUAGCCCCUUCUAAAAUGGGCAGUGGAAUGGUGGUUGCAAUCAAGAAAUUGAACCCAGAAAGUGUUCAAGGUUUUGAUGAGUGGCAGUCAGAGGUAAACUUCCUUGGAAGGCUUGCACACCCAAAUCUCGUAAGAUUACUCGGAUAUUGCUGGGAGGAUAAAGAGCUCCUCUUGGUUUACGAGUUCAUGCAGAAGGGCAGUUUAGAAAACCAUCUUUUCAGAAGGAAUCCUUCGAUACAACCCCUUUCUUGGGAGAAGCGACUCAAAGUCGCCAUUGAAGCUGCCCGAGGCCUAUCUUUCCUUCACACUUCUGAAAAGCAAGUCAUUUACAGAGACUUCAAGGCCUCAAACAUAUUACUCGACUGGAAUUAUAAUGCAAAAUUGGCGGACUUUGGCUUGGCAAAAUUAGGACCUUCGGGCGGAGAAUCGCAUGUGACGACCCGAAUUAUGGGAACAUAUGGUUAUGCAGCUCCCGAGUAUGUUGCAACAGGGCAUUUAUACGUGAAAAGUGAUGUGUACGGGUUUGGCGUGGUUUUGCUGGAGCUGCUCACGGGCCGACGGGCGCUUGACGUGAAGCGACCGAGCGGACAGCAGAAUCUGGUUGAUUGGGCGAAACCAUUCCUUUCCCAGAGGGGGAAGCUCAAGAACAUAAUUGACCCUUGGAUCGAGGGGCAGUUCUCAUUCAAGGCUGCCCUUCAGACCGCACAGCUGACCCUCAAGUGCCUUGCUGUGGAGCCCAGGAACCGCCCCUCGAUGAAGGAGGUUGUGGAGGCGCUGGAGCGGAUUGAAGCCAUGACAGACCGGCCCAAGCAAAAGAAAGUGCGGUCCGCCUCACAUCCCUCGGUGCCUCAGCACAGCCACCAGCCCAUCCAUUAUCAGCGGUCCCCACGACACUCGACAGAGCAUGGGUCGAUGUAACUAACACAUAGAUCGCCCCAAUUAUUUCUGUACUAAAAGCGGUUGAGGGAUUGAUCCGAAAAGCUUGAGAUCCAUCCCAGUAUAAUCUCUUAUAUGUAAUAUUAAUUUUGUAUUAUAUUAAGUUCAAUUCUUUCUACAUUCCUUUUGAUUAGAUUUUUGCAGCCUUCCAUCUUUUUUUAAGUGCAUUUCAACCUUCAUGGAGUGAUUUAAGGCCUAAAGUGUAAAAGCAAAUUUUGUUCUGGUUGUUCCUGAAGCUAUUCUUCUCGUAAUGGAUCGAAAUGUAAUUGUCCAAUAAUCGAUUUCAUUUUUCCUA